CUCUUCUCUGCGUAAUAAUGUCUUCCUUUAUUUCGAACAUUUUUCCCUUUAUUUUCUCUAUUUGAUGCAAUUUAGGGUUUUAGUUUUCCCCAAUUUACACUCCUGAAUGCAAAAUUAACAUCUUAAUUUUGUCGUAACCUUUGUCUGUUACCGCUAUUCAUUUAUUCGAUACAAAACUCUUUUGAUUCCACUAAUCCCGCGAUUUUAAUUUGUCCUCGUUUACACAGAUAAUAUGACGGAAAAAAUGGAUCAACAAUCACAACAGGAAUGCCAUUCUUCUGGUGAAAAUCAUGACAAACAUGAUGACGAGGAAGCCGUUGCCCGUGUUGAAGAAUUAAAGAAAUCGAUAGACGCAAAAUUGGCUCUUCGGCAAAGUAACUUGAAGCCCGAAAGACCUGAUCCUGCUUUUUUGAGGACGCUGGAUUCUAGCAUCAAACGUAACACUGCAGUUAUCAAAAAGCUUAAACAGAUAAGUGAAGAUCAACGUGAAGGGUUGAUGGAUGACUUGCGAGGUGUCAACCUGAGUAAAUUUGUGACCGAGGCAGUGGCAGCUAUAUGUGAUGCAAAGCUAAAAACUUCAGACAUUCAGGCUGCUGUUCAGAUUUGUUCUUUGCUUCACCAAAGAUACCUGGAUUUCUCAUCGAGCCUGACCCAGGGCUUAUCAAAAGUGUUUUUUUCUGGGAAAGGAACAGAAGAUCUAGAGACGGAUAAAAAUUCAAAAGCCAUGAAGAAGCGCAGCUCUUUGAAGCUCCUUUUGGAAUUGUACUUUGUUGGUGUCAUAGAAGACAGUAGCGUUUUUGUUAACAUCAUUAAAGAUCUCACAAGCUUGGAACACCUGAAGGACCGAGAUGCUACUCAGACUAAUCUGUCUUUGCUUGCUACAUUUGCACGACAAGGAAGAGUUUUCCUGGGCCUUCCACUAUCUGGACCAGAAGCCAAUGAAGAGUUUUUCAAAGGCCUAAAUGUCACUGCUGAUCAGAAGAAAAUCUUUAAGAAGGCAUUUCAUGGGUAUUAUGAUGCUGUUGCUGAAGUUCUGCAUACUGAGCAUGCUUCUCUUCGCGAGAUGGAGCAUGAGAAUGCAAAAAUUUUGAAUGCAAAAGGGGAGCUUAGUGAUGAUAAUGCAUCUUUAUACGAGAAGCUGCGAAAAUCUUAUGACCAUUUGUAUCGGGGUGUAUCAUCUCUAGCUGAAGCCCUUGAUAUGCAACCUCCAGUGAUGCCUGAGGAUGGUCAUACUACAAGGGUAACUAGCGGGGAUGAUUCUUCUUCUUCUGCUGGAAAGGAAUCUUCUGCUGCUGAAGCUGUGUGGGAUGAUGAAGAUACAAGAGCUUUCUAUGAGUGUUUGCCUGAUCUUAGAGCAUUUGUUCCCGCAGUUUUAUUGGGGGAAGCUGAUUCCAAAUCCAGUGAGCAACAUGCAAAGGCGCAAGACCAGUCAUCUGAUGCUGCCUCAGAACCUGAUCAGUGCCACAUAGCCAUUGAGGAUAAUGUUGAAUCCUCUGUAGAUUCUCCAACAUUGCAGGAUGGUAAAACAAUUGAGAAAGGGAAGGAUAAAGAAGGAAUGGGAAAAGAUAAAGAGGAGAAAGGGAAGGAUAAAGAAGGGAAGGGAAAAGAUAAAGAGGAGAAAGAGAAGAAUAAAGAAGUUGACAAAGAGAGAGGAAAAGAUAAAGAUGCAGAUAAGAAAGGAGAUAAAGAAAAGGAAAAACACAAAGGUCUUGACGGUACCAAUUUGGAAACUUUGCUACAGCGGCUUCCAGGUUCUGUCAGCCGUGAUCUUAUUGAUCAAUUAACUGUAGAAUUUUGCUAUUUGAACUCAAAGAGUAAUCGGAAAAAGCUUGUGAGGGCACUGUUCAAUGUCCCCCGAACCUCCUUAGAGUUGCUUCCGUAUUACUCUCGAAUGGUUGCCACAUUGUCUACUUGUAUGAAGGAUAUUUCUUCAAUGCUCCUUCAGAUGUUGGAAGAGGAGUUCAAUUACUUGAUUAAUAAGAAGGAUCAAAUGAACAUUGAAACAAAGAUCAGGAAUAUCCGAUUCAUUGGGGAACUGUGCAAAUUUAAAAUUGCACCAGCUGCACUUGUAUUUAGCUGCUUAAAGGCUUGCUUGGAUGAAUUUACCCAUCAUAAUAUAGAUGUGGCUUGCAAUCUUCUGGAGACAUGUGGGCGGUUCUUGUAUCGUUCUCCUGAAACCACAAUGCGCAUGGCUAACAUGUUGGAGAUUCUGAUGCGGCUGAAAAAUGUGAAGAAUCUGGACCCUCGUCAUAGCACUCUUGUUGAAAAUGCAUAUUAUCUAUGCAAACCUCCAGAGAGAUCUGCCAGAAUCACUAAAGUUCGCCCGCCCUUGCAUCAGUAUAUUCGAAAAAUGCUCUUCUCAGAUCUUGACAAGUCCUCCAUUGAGCAUGUGCUUAGACAACUUCGGAAAUUGCCAUGGAGUGAAUGUGAGCCAUAUCUUCUGAAAUGCUUUUUGAAGGUUCAUCGGGGAAAAUAUGGACAAAUUCACCUUAUUGCAUCACUGACUGCUGGACUAAGUCGCUACCAUGAUGAUUUUGCCGUUGCUGUUGUUGACGAGGUUUUGGAGGAGAUCAGAUUGGGACUAGAGUUGAAUGACUUUACUAUGCAGCAACGACGACUUGCACACAUGCGUUUCUUAGGGGAGCUAUAUAACUAUGAGCAUGUGGACUCGUCUGUUAUCUUUGAGACACUGUACUUGAUUCUUGUUUUUGGCCAUGGUACUGCUGAGCAAGAUGUUCUUGACCCCCCCGAGGAUUGUUUCCGUAUUAGAAUGGUUAUUACACUUCUUGAGACCUGUGGACAUUACUUUGAUCGAGGUUCAUCCAGAAGGAAACUUGAUCGAUUUUUGAUACAUUUCCAGAGAUAUAGUCUGAGCAAGGGUGUUCUGCCACUUGAUAUUGAGUUUGACUUGCAGGAUCUCUUUGCUGAUCUGCGACCCAAUAUGUCUCGAUUUACCUCUGUUGAAGAAGUAAAUGCUGCCCUUGCAGAACUGGAGGAGCAUGAAGGUAAGGCCAGUAGUGAAAGGCAUUCGGACAAUGAGAAGCGUUCAAACAGUAUAUCUCGAAACCAUCUUGUAAAUGGUCAAGGCCUUGCAAAUGGUGUCGAUGAAAAUGGUGGGGGACAUGAGGAUAUAAUUGGGGAUAGUGAAUCGGAUUCAGGCAGUGGCUCAAUUGGUGAUGGGGGUCAUGAUGGCGAUGAUGACUUGGAUGAUGAGAAUCACGACGCAGGUAGUGAGAUAGAGGAUGAUGAUGAUGAUGUCGGUCCUGCUUCUGAUGAAGAUGGUGAAAUUCAUGUCAGACAGAAGGCAUCUGCUUGGGAUCCAAAGGAAGAAUCUGAGUUUGAUCGGGAGCUCAAAGCUCUUAUGCAGGAGAGUUUGGAAUCCCGUAAGCUUGAGCUGCGGUCCCGCCCAACACUUGACAUGAUGAUACCAAUGAGCCUAUUAGAGAGUUCUAAGGAUCAUCAUGGAAGAGGGCUUGAAGGAGAGAGUGGGGAGGAUACAUUGGAGGAAGAGAAUGGCGGAAACCGAGAGGUCCGUGUAAAAGUUCUUGUGAAGCGAGGGCACAAGCAACAAACCAAACAAAUGUCCAUUCCUCAAGAUUGUUCUCUUGUGAGGAGCACGAAGCAGAAAGAAGCCGCUGAGCUCGAGGAGAAGCAGGACAUAAAGAGAUUGGUUUUGGAGUACAAUGACAGAGAAGAGGAGGAACUUAAUGGGGUUGGUAACCAGAUAAUGGGUUGGACACAAUCUGGGAUUGGCCGAAUACCUAGUCGUGGCGCUUGGGAUGGAAGCAGCGGGAGAGGUUCUGACUCACGCCAUCGGUACCACCAUCAUUCAGGCGGUGGACAUUUUUAUAGUCGAAGGAGAUAAGGAACAAUUUAAUGUAUUAUUUGGAUAAUGAAUGAAACUGGGUCCGAUUAUUCUUGAUUUCUUCCUCAGAGAUACUUCAUACUAAGUCUGGGGGUCAGCAUAACUGCAUAAGGCUGCACUUGAGAUGAUUUAUGGCAGUAUUUGCAGAUAGAUGCCAAUGCCGGAAUGCAAAGGCUUGAGGAACAUCAAAACACGGGCUCCGAUUACCAUGGAAGUCAGGCGUUCUGUGGGAUGUUGCGUGACAUAAGCCAGGAUACCAACAGACAUGAGAUUGAAGAUAAUGUGUGUUUAUAACUAUAGCUGAAGGGGGUUUCAUGUUCAAAAUGCGAAGUUUUCAUAUUAUCUUGUAUUUAGGUUGAAAACAUUGUAAAUUUUUCUAUACAAGAUUAACUGCCAAUGUAAAUAGUUGGCCCCUGGAUGGAAUGCGAAAUGGUUUUCAGUUAUAUAGGUGCUGGGUGCUUCUUUUUUACGAGUCUGGUAGAUGAACUGCUGGCACAGUUAAUUCUCCAUAAUCUCCAAGUAUCUCUUUGUAUAUUCAGAUCUCUGAUUUGAUUGAAGGAAACUUGUGGAGAAGAACUUGGCUUUAAAUCCUUUGAUGUAACAAUCAGAAGAUCAAAGCCUUGUAAAAACUUUCUAGUGAUUAGCAUGCCCUAAAUUCUCUACAGAUUCCUUUGCAAAUUUACUCACUUCAAAA